GAAAGUGACAAUACUAAGGUGAGGCUGGGUGAGUACUUACAAAAACGUCCAUGUGCCAACCCCGGAAUCCAAACGAACUUCUCUUAGCUGCUGAGUACAGCGCGGGGUUUGUAGAGAUAUCUUCAGCUUAUACAUUGCAAUGGUUUGUGCCUUUCUUCUGGGAUUUGGAGAUGCCUGCUACAACACACAGAUAUACUCCAUUUUGGGUGGUUUGUAUCCUACGGAUGAUAAAGUACUCCAGCGAUGGCCCUAUUUAAGUUUUUU